UAACAGCUUUCGUGACAUUCACUUAUUAAGUGAAACAGGAGAUUUUCAUUUUGCUAAAUGGACUAAAUACAGAUGUGCGUCAUUCGGACGCUUUUGCAAUUCACAUCAGCGUGGACUGAACAGGCAUCUCAAUUUUCUCCAAACCAGUCUGUUAAGAUCUGAGAAAAAAAUCAGCCGCCUUCCAAAAGUCACAAGCAAAGCUAAACUGAAACUGGCAAAGAAAUUGCCUACACUGUGGAAAUGAUUGCUACAUAUGCCAUUUUUUGUUUAUUGUUGUCAUGCGUUUUAAUUUUUUUCACAACAAUUAAAUAAAACAUAAAGCUAAUUGAUGCACUGUGAUCAGUACAAAUGUUUCCUCACAACUAAGGUCAAAGAUCAUCGGCUGAGUGUUAAGAAACUCGUCAUUAUUUUAUAGUCCUGAACAAACACACUCUGUUGACUAAAGAGGUGUAUUAUUCUGUCACACAUCCUGGUGUCAACGGUCGUAAUCGCAAGACUGAAACAUAGGAAGCUGGUUGGCAUGUACUCGAGUAAACAGCAAGAACAAUAGCAAAUGGACAAAUCCGAAAAGGACCAUAUGAUUCAUGUACAAUAUUUGGAGUCUUCUGAAUCCGUUUGGUAGCAUUGUGUGUGGAAGAGCAUGUAACAGACGUCAUAAAGUUGGGUAUAUGCUUCAAUGUAUAGGAAUAUUCCAGUAUGGCUAAACAGCUUCUUUCAUCACUGCAGGGUUUAAAGAGGUGAAGAGUGGAUAAUCUGGACAUGCAUGGCAAGAUCUCGCAGUUGUUCUUGAUUAAUGUAUUAACAUGUGGUCUGGAGGUAUGUUUGGCUGCUGGGACCAUCUACAUCCCACCUAUGCUGCUGGAGGCAGGGAUGGAAGAACGAUUCAUGACCAUGGUACUGGCUGUGGGACCUGUGCUGGGGCUGAUAGUUGUCCCUCUAAUUGGUUCGGCGAGUGAUAGCUUGAGAAGUAAAUAUGGUCGCAGACGUCCCUUCAUAUGGGUGUUGAGCAUUGGUGUCCUGCUCGGUCUCUUGAUCAUCCCGCAGACGUCCACCCUCGUCACCCUGCUCACAAAACAACAGCAGCAUUGGCUGGAGGUCCCGCUGCUGGUCCUUGCCAUUUGUUUAAUGGAAUUUUGUGGUCAGGCCUGCUUCACACCUUUGGAGGCCUUGGUUUCUGACCUCUUUCCUGGAGAAGAGGAGAGUCGCAAGGCUUUCUCCGUCUACUCCCUCAUGCUCAGUCUGGGCGGAUGCAUUGGCUACCUGCUGCCCGCAGUUGACUGGACCACUUCGGAUACCGUGGUCUACUUGGGUGGACAAGAGGCUUUCAUCUACGCUGUUCUGACCUUCAUUUUUCUCGCCUGUUUGAUGGGUAUGGCCUUCAUCUCUGAAGAGCAGACAGGACGGCCGAGGGAAGCUGAGGUUUCCAGAAGGCAUGAAAACCUGAAGACUUGCUGCUGCCCUUGUGUGGCAUUCCCCAGAUUUCUGUUUUUGCGAAGGACGUUCUCUAGUCUCCUUUCUGUGGUUCCCCAACUCUACUUGCUGUGCAGUCGCAUGCCAAAAGUCAUUGCAAGGCUGUUCAUGGCUGAGUUGUUUAGUUGGAUGGCACUUAUGUCCUUUAUACUCUUCUACACGGACUUUGUUGGAGAGGGAUUGUAUGACGGGGUGCCCAGUGAUGAGCCAGGCUCCUCGGGAAGGAUACGCUAUGAUGAAGGUGUGCGAAUGGCCAGCCUGGGUCUUUUCCUCCAGUGUGUGACCUCUGUGAUCUUCUCAUUGCUUAUGGAGCGUAUGGUGUUGUGUAUUGGAGUCAGAAAGCUGUACCUGAGCAGCGUGAUUCUGCUGGCUGUGAGUACAGCAGUUAUGACCGUAUCCCACAAUAUUAUAUUAGUCACCAUCAUGGUCGCUGCUACAGGAUUCACCUUCUGCACCCUGCAGAUUCUGCCAUACACGCUCACAUGCCUAUACCACACAAAUGCACAGGUGUUUUUCUCCACCGAAAGGUGCAAAAUUCCUCUCAGGGAGGAAGAUCUAAUAUUAAUCAGAUCAGAGAUGCCGUCCUUGACUAAGCAGAAAAUAACUAAUGGGUGCAUCAAUGGGUAUCCAGCUACGAUACCCUUCCAGAGCAAUAUAAAACACUCACAAUCACUUGAUCUGCAUGUGCCUAUCACCUUGGAGCCACAACCCUCAGCCGUCAGAGGCAUGGGCACAGACAUCGCCAUUUUAGACAGCGCCUACUUGCUGUCUCAGGUGGUCCCGUCCCUCGUCAUGGGCUCCAUCGUGCAGCUCUUCCAGAGUGUGACUGCAUACAUGGCCUGUGCGUCUCUGUUGAGUCUGGUGGCUGUGUAUUUCUCCAGUAAGAUCGUCUUUGAGAAGGCGGAUAUUGAUACGAGAUGACUGAGAUGUUACCAGCAGAGCAAGAGACUCUGGAUAGUGACAAAAACUAUGAAGGGCAGCUGGUUCUGUUUAGCAUUUUUGGAGAGAGAGAUAAUGUGCAAUUGGAUGCAUUGGCUGUAAUACUCAGCAAACAAUAUGUGGUCACAUAUUUACACAAAAAGGUCUUAUUUGAGCAUUAAAUUAUUUGAAAAGACUAUUAUGUAACCUGUGGCUUACAAUAUUAUAUUUGCAAUAUUGCACAAUUGUAUACCUAUUAAGGAGAGCAAUUACACAAGUAACAAUGAAGUAUUAGAUGGGUGUACUGAAGUGCAGAAAAGUAAACAUGCUGAAUGUUUAAAGUGAAGAUGAGUAAGAAUUUUGGGUUUUGAAUAUUGUGAGACAACCCUGUUCAACCUGUUAAAGAAAGUAAUGUUUACAUAUUAUCUCAUGGCUGAAGACUUGCUGGUUAUUCUUUUCUCUAUUAUUGUGCUGGAGAAACAAAAGUCUAAACUGCAUAUCUUAAAGAUUUAUUUUAUGCAAUAACACGUGUUUGAGUUGGCAGACACAUAAAUCUAUGCAUAGCAUUUCAUUUCAAAUAAUUCAUUUGUGUAUUUUUAGGUACUUUUUUGUUUUGGUUCUAAGAUAUAGCCUAAUGUUGCUAUCUUUUAGCACACUAAUCUAAAAGUUAAAAGCUAUUUCCAACUAUAUUAAUUAAAAUAAAAUCUAAUAAACUUAUACUGCAUUUUAUAGGACUAGCAUAAUACAAUUUUUAGCUAUAGAUGGCCACCUCUUGACUUAUGAUGGAUGGCAUCAGGCAGUUCUUUAUUAACUACUGCCAUCUAGUGUCUCUAUAGCAGCUGUUUUCAUUUUCGUAGUAAACACAGACAUAUUUACCCACAUUUGCUACAUCAUUCACUCAGUUCUCUUAUAUUUCCAUGUUUUUCUUUCUAUUUUCCUUUCCUUUCAAUUAUUUUUUUGACCAAUAUAUUAAUAAUAAUAAGUAAAUAAACAGA